UCACUAACUGUUGUUUUGUUGUGAAGGAACGUUUUCGAGGAACGCUCUCAAACAUUUUAAUCCUGAUGUGGCUGUUAAUUUCGUAGUUAUAUAGUUUUUUUUUAGAUUUAACAAUGUUUCCAAUAUCUAAAAUAGUUUUUAUUGCUGUUUUAAUCAACCGUGUAACGUCAGAUUACUAUGACUGCAAUGAGCCUUUACUGGAGCAAGCUGCAUUGUCUGCCACUUCAUUUUUAGAUGAUAGAGGUCCAGGAAAUGCUCGAUUAAAUGGCCAAAAUGCGUGGACUGCAUCCAAUUCAGAUUUUGGGCAAUAUCUUAUCAUUGAUCUCGGCCAGCCUAUGAUGAUCCACAGUAUCGCAACACAGGGCCGGGCACACUCUUCUGAAUACGUCAUGGAGUACCUCAUCAGCUAUGGUUCCAAUGGACUUGACUAUGCAGAUUACAAAGAAGCUGGUGGUUAUACUAAGAUGUUCAAAGGAAAUGUUGAUGGAGAUUCAGAAAGGAUAAAUUAUUUUGAAGUCCCAAUAAUUGCUCAAUGGGUUCGCAUAAAUCCAACUCGAUGGAGGGAUCGAAUAUCAAUGAGAGUGCAACUCUACGGUUGUGACUAUGUUGCCGAAAAUGUCUACUUCAAUGGAUCUUCGCUGAUUCAGUGGAAUUUGAAACAUGAGCCGAUCUCUUCACUCCGUGAAUCCAUCCGAUUCAGGUUCAAAACUAACAGUGCCAACGGUGUUUUGAUGUACAGUAGAGGACCUCAAAGUGAUUUCCUUGCGCUAGAACUGAACAAUAAUGGACUUACAUUCAGUGUAGAUUUAGGGUCUGGUUCAAAAACUUCUCUUUCUGUGGGGAGUCUUCUUGAUGACAACAUUUGGCAUGAUGUAAUCAUAACUCGGAAUCGCAAAGAAGUUAUUUUUUCAGUUGAUCGUGUUGUAGUGUCAGGAAGGAUCAAAGGCGACUUUAUUCGACUCAAUCUCAACAGAGACUUCUUUAUUGGUGGGGUGCCUAAUUUUGAAGAUAGUCUAAGCGUUCGACAAAAUUUUACUGGAUGCAUGGAAAACAUUUACUUCAAUGCCACCAACUUCAUCCGCACUAUGAAAGAAGCUUAUGAGUCCGGAGAUGAUUGGGAAAUGAACUUAUACAGAAAGAACAACAUCUUAUUUUCAUGUCCAGAACCGGCCAUCAUUCCAGUGACAUUUUUAACUUCAAAUUCGUACGCCAUAUUGACAGGUUAUGAGGGUCAGACUACAAUGAAUGUCACUUUCUCAUUCCGUACUUUUGAGGAAAGCGGUCUUCUUGUCUUCCAUAAAUUCACCUCUUUUGGACACGUUAAGUUGUAUUUGGAGAAAGGCAAAGUAAUGAUCGAGUUGAUGACAGAAGGCAGCCCCAAGGUAGUUCUAGACAACUUUGAUGAGACCCUUAAUGAUGGUAGAUGGCAUGAUGUCAUUUUCUCUAUCUCAGAAAAUAACAUGGUAUUGAACAUCAAUAAGCGGCAGGUUAUCACAACUCGACUCUUGAAAAUCAUCACUGGCGUUAAAUAUAUGAUUGGAGGUGGCAUCGUUGGUGGAAGCGUUGGCGGAUUUAUCGGUUGUAUGAGACUUAUCAAAGUUGAUGGUAACUACAUACCCCCAACCGAUUGGAAGGAUGAUGCAUACUGCUGUAAAGGUGAAGUUGUAUUCGAUGCAUGUCAGAUGAUAGAUAGAUGUACUCCCAACCCUUGUCAGCAUGGAGGAGUUUGUCAUCAGAAUUCUCUUGAGUUCUUCUGUGAUUGCUCUAACACAGGCUAUUCGGGCGCUGUCUGUCAUACUUCUUUGAAUCCAUUAUCCUGUGAAGCUUUCAAGAAUGUCAAUCCAGUUGGUUUACGUGCAGACAUAAAUAUCGAUGUUGAUGGAAGUGGACCUUUGAGACCAUUCCCUGUGACAUGUGAAUACUACACGGAUGGACGAAUUAUUACUGUUGUCAGUCACAGUAAUGAGGAAUUAACACCUGUCGAUGGUUUUCAAGAGCCUGGAAAAUUCAUUCAAGAUGUUGUUUACGAUGCUGAUGUGCACCAAAUCCAAGCUCUAAUCAACAGAUCUUCUUCUUGCCGGCAACGAAUUCUUUAUCAGUGCAGACAGUCGCAUCUCUUCAAUUCACCAUACCAAGAAGGAUCCGAGUUUCAACCAUUUUCAUGGUGGGUGUCCCGAAACAACCAGAAGAUGGACUACUGGGGAGGCUCCUUACCUGGAUCUCGCAAAUGUGCUUGUGGUAUUCUUGGACAGUGUGCUGACUCAACAAAAUGGUGUAACUGUGAUGCCGGUUUAGCAGGUUGGUUCGAAGAUGGUGGUGAUAUCAUGGAAAAGGAACAUUUACCAGUGAAGCAACUGCGGUUUGGCGAUACUGGGAGUCCUCUCGAUGAUAAAGAAGGGCGGUACACUUUAGGACCUCUAUUAUGUGAAGGAGAUGACAUAUUCAACAAUGUAGUUACAUUCAGAAUAAUAGAUGCAUCAAUCGAUUUACCCACUUUUGAUUUUGGUCAUAGUGGAGAUAUAUACUUUGAAUUUAAAACAACCAUCCCAAAUGCUGUUUUGAUUCACUCAAAAGGACCAACAGACUACAUAAAGGUCAGUAUUCUCGAUGGUAACAAACUCAUCUUCAACUAUCAAGCAGGAAGUGGACCAUUGGGUGUGAACAUAGAAGCUACCAACCGUCUUGCUGAUAAUAAUUGGCAUACUGUUUUAAUCGAAAGGAAUCGUAAAGAAGCCAGAAUCGUUGUUGACGGAGCCUUGAAAGCUGAAGUACGUGAACCGCCAGGUCCUGUUAGAGCCUUACACCUCACAUCACCUCUUGUCAUAGGGUCCACAGUUGAUUACCGUGACGGGUACACUGGUUGCAUGCGCGCCUUGAUGCUAGAUGGAAGGAUGGUGGAUUUGAGGUCUUAUGCUGAAAGAGGGUUAUAUGGUAUUUCCCCUGGGUGUAUCGGCAAAUGUGAAAGUAAUCCCUGCUUGAACAACGGUACUUGUUUUGAAAAGUACGACAGCUACGAGUGUGACUGCCGUUGGACUGCCUUUAAAGGUCCCAUUUGUGCUGAUGAAAUUGGUGUCAAUCUUCGACCGAGCUCAUUAAUCAAGUAUGACUUUAUGGGUUCAUGGAGAUCAACAAUUGCUGAAAAUAUUCGGGUUGGAUUUACGACCACCAACCCCAAAGGAUUCUUACUCGGACUUUUCUCAAACAUCUCUGGAGAAUACAUGACUAUAAUGGUUUCUAACAGUGGUCAUCUUCGAGUUGUCUUUGAUUUUGGUUUUGAGAGGCAGGAACUUAUUUUUCCCAACAAAAAUUUCGGUCUCGGACAAUACCAUGAUGUCAGAAUCUCAAGAAAAAAUUCAGGUGCAACUCUUGUCAUGCAAGUAGAUUCUUAUGAACCAAUGGAGUUCAACUUUAACAUUAAAGCUUCCGCCGAUGCACAGUUUAAUAAUAUCCAGUAUAUGUACAUAGGUCGAAAUGAGUCUAUGACAGAAGGCUUCAUUGGGUGUAUUUCUAGGGUUGAAUUUGAUGAUAUCUAUCCCCUCAAGUUAAUGUUCCAACAAGAUGGUCCUGCUAAUGUACACUCUUUAGGUUCACCUCUCUCAGAAGACUUUUGCGGUGUGGAACCUAUAACUCAUCCUCCCAACCGCGUAGAAACACGUCCACCACCACUACUAGAUCAAGAUAAAUUAAAGCGAGCUUAUAACCGAACGGAUUCGGCUGUUUUAGGCGGAGCUUUACUUAUAUUGUUUUUAAUUUUAGUAGUGUUAUUGGUAGCGGCAGGACGCUAUAUCGCCAGGCAUCAGGGCGAGUAUGUUACACAGGAAGAUCAUGGUGCAGACAUGGCGUUAGAUCCGGACACUGCUGUUGUAGAGUCUGCAACAGGACAUCAAGUGCAGAAGAAACGGGAAUGGUUUAUAUAAGUUUUGACUGAUACUGAGACUGAAAAAAUACUCCGGUUUUCUAGGUUCCAUUCAUUCUUAACAUUUGAGGAAGAUUUAUAAAAAAAUACCAUAAUCUCUUAUUUCUUAACUUAAUGUGUGAAUUGGCCACAUCUCAUUAUUAUUUAUCAAGCAAAUCUUAAACAAGAUGGAAGAUGAAACCAUUUUAGUGCCUUGUGAAAUCUUGCCAUGACACAAAAAUCACCAAUAAAUAAAGCUAAGGACAUUUUCUUUCACAGCUUCGCAUAAGUUCCCAAGGGGGUGACCAAGUCUCAGGUGGCUUGUUUUAAGCAAGGAACACACUUAGUAUGUGCAAUCAUUGUCAUGUAAGAUCAUCUAAACUUGAAGUCUCUUUUAAACCUAUCAUUGAACUAUAAGUAUUAAGUUUUUUUUAUCAUACAAGUAAGGAAUCAACUUCUUUGCAUCCGUCAAAAAAAGUGUAGUUUUUAAGUACAUCUGCAUUGUCAAGUGUAGAGACUUUCCAAAAUUCAAGCCAAACCCACACGUAUUCCUUACUUAACAGUAGGCACAGGCUUAACAAUCUGCUAUAUGCAGUCUAAGCUGAACAGAAACCUCUGCCGAGGUAGCGUGAAGUACGGCUCUUAACUUGUUUACUGCAGUGGAGGUCAUUGACGAUCACCACAGUUUCACCAGCAUGUCAUGUCAGGAAAUCAAACAAGUUGAAAUUUAGUUACUUUAAGUCUGGUUAAAUACGUUUCAUCAGUGAUACUUUAGAUUCUACGGGUCCGAGAACUUCAAUGAACAAUGGCAAAAGAAUAUCAAAAUCCAUUUUCUUUUUCUAAGUCCAUUAUCAUAUCUAACAGAUACACUCAAAACGUCUAAUUUAAUGAGGCAUCCAGACCUUGUAGAAUUUAACUGAAUGUAGAAUUCUGAGACUGUUGUAACUGACCGAUUUAUCAUGUAACCUCUAAAAAUAUUUUGCCAGGAAGUCACUUGUAACCUCAGGCUUGAUGAUAUUAUUCCAGAAAAUUCCAUAGCAGUGAACAUUUCAAGAUAUCAUCAAGUACCGUUCAUCAUCAACUGAUGAAGCUAAUGUGGUCGAACUACUAGAGCAUCACCAAAAGUGCUAAUAUGCAAUGAUCAAAUUCUGUUUGCAUGCAGAAGGCAAAAACACAUCGGGCAAUAAAGCUGGAAAUGCACCUAAAGAUUUUCAAUGAGCCUCUUUGCCAGCAACGGAAUGCAAUUUAUUUAUUUAUAGUUAUGAAAUGACAUUCGUGUGAUAUUUUCCACAAAUUUUAGGAAUUAAUAUAUACAUUAUUCAUGGUGUGUUUGACCAAUAAAAAAUUAUUUGGAAAUUAUAAAAAAUUAUAUAGUGAGUUGGAAGAUCUUGUGCAAAACUUUCUUUCAUGAAUCUCUGUUUUUUGUUAAGUGUUUUUACUCCUUCUUUAAAAGUUUUAAUCAGUUACUCUCCCCCUUAUAUUAUUUUCUUACCAUGUUUUUGGUAGUUUGUAUCUUAACAAAUGAAUGCUCUUGACAAGGAUCUGUUUUAGUAAGCCUGACGAAUUAUUUUACCACUGACUCAAAUUUGGAACAUGAUGUAUGCCUUUGAAAAUCAUAUUAUCAGAUCUAAAGAAAAUUUCUUUAAUUUUUCAAUUAUUCCUGUACCAGGCUGAAAAUGCAGGUGUCAUAAUAUUUUCCUUGCAAUUGAAAAUCUGGUAUUAUUAUGUUUAUUCAUCCACCUUUUUCUCUAUUUGCUCUUCUCUUUUCCUUCUAAAAUUUUUGAAUACGUUAUUGGGGAUUCAUAUCAUCAAAAAAUUUGUGUACUAAAUACAUUUACAGUAAUACAAUAAAGUAAGCAAAUAUACCUGUAAUGAAUUAUUUUCAAAAGAAUUUACAGAUCAACUCAUUGGUAAAUUUUUCAGUAACUCAAAACCAUCAUUUUACCCAAGUAUCACUCGUCUAAGUUAUCAAUCCGUUUUUCAUCUACAAUCAUUGUUCUUAUUUCAAUAUUUUUAUUAAUGGGAGCUGGGUGCGUGAAAGAUGUUCUUAUUCAUUCGUUUAAAGAUGUCUAAAAAUGCCUAUCAUUUUUUCAAUAUUUAAGUUUUUUUUCUAUUUUAUUGAAUUCAUUUAAUUUUAGUGCUUUUGAUGAGACAUGAUUAAUAUGACCACAUAUUGGAAAUAUUGAUUUUUCUCAAUACUGAGCCCUUAAUUUAUCUUUUCGCCUAUCAGCUAUUCCUGAUGCAAAUAUAUAACUCUGAUUCCAGUAAAUAUAUUUUAUUGCAAGUGCAAUAGUUUAAAACUUUCUUAAGACUUAACCAAGGAAUCAAAAAAUGUGAUAGAAAUUCCUUGUUUGUUGAAACAUUGUGCAGUGAAAUGCACUAAUUCUUUCAAUGCAUCCUUUAAAAAAACUUUGAAUGUUUUACUGCUUCAGUUUUUCAUUUUUGAUUCAAAGCUUUUCCUACUUAAUAGAGACUAGCUCCUGUUAUCCGUGUAACUACUCUAACUCAAAUGUGUCCAUGUAAUUAACUGAUUUUUGGGUUACCACAAAACUUUAAAAGUUUUUUCUCUUUUUCUUUUUUCAUCCUUCCCUGUAAAAUUGAUAUGUAUUUUUAUACUUCCUGCCCUUAAGGAUUACUCCAUAUUUGUUGUACUCAAGUUAAUCAUGAAUAGUUUUGACAUUUAAAGCAAUUUAAAGGAUCUUGAAAAAAGUAUGUGCACUUAUACUUAGUUUUUCCUUUUUCUGGUCUUUCUAAAAAAAAAAAUUAAUCAUAAUUUUUUUUGUUUCAACUCAUUCAUUGAUUAACCCUAUCACAUUGCAUUUUUCAUCUUAAAAUUAUAAUGACCAAUGAUUAUUAUUUUGGUCUGUUGAAAUCAAAAACUUUAAAGAAUUUAUACAUGAUGCAAUGUAGGUUAUCUAUAUCUUGUUCGGCUGAAAUUUAGUGCCUUUUAUAUUGAAAUUGUCUUAAAUACUGCUUAAAAUUGUUUGCUUUAUUAUCCCCAAAGCCCUUGCUCUCCAUCAAAGAAUCUGAUAAAAGCCUGUUUUCAGCAAAGCUUCCCUAAAAGUGAUGAAGAGACUAUAGCUGUGAUUUUCUUCAUAGUAAAUGCUGAGUAUUUACUGCGUAGAUUUUUGAACUGCUACUGCUUUCAGUUGCAACGUGAUCCAAUCUGGUAGACCCUUCAAUGGUUGUUUUCAUGACGCAGAAAAUAAAAAAAAAUUCAAUAAGAUUUUAGCCAGUAUACAUUUUGGGAAUGCUCUGGCAAAGUAACAGUUCAAAUUAUAGUGGCUAAUCAAAGUUGCCUGUAUCAAAAACGAACUUUUCAUUCGAAAGUGAGCUUUGCUAUCAGUUUUUUUGUUGUACUUCUGGGUUUUCAAAGUUUUUUGAAUGCUGACCAAGCGACAUCCUAAGAAUCUCGUGUUCAUAUUAGGCACAUGAAAUUAGACUCUCAGACAAUUAAAAAAUUAUUGAUAUAAGUUUCUCUGUAGAAAGUGUAAUAUUUUUUAACAUUCCGUCCAUUUUUGUUGCUCUAUUUCUUGUUUAAGUUUAGUCAAUGUUUGACCUUCAACGGAUUUUUUAUAAUAGAUUUUUGUAAAAUAAUGUGUAUAUGUAAGUGUCUCGAUACUUUUGAAAAGAUUGUACAUAAGUUAAAUACUUAGAUGAUCAGCUGCUUUGAAUUUUUUUUUUUCCCAAGUAUUUUUCUAAUUAUUUUGAAGGGAAGAAUCACCAAACACUUGUACGAAGUCUACAUUUGUAUUUUUUCCUCCAGAGAGUUGAAUUUCAGAUCUGAUCACUCUAACUUCAUAUCUCCCCACGAUAUUUUUGUGCAGCAGCUUUGUUUUUAUUUUUACCUUUCAUUCCGUCCAGUAGUCAUACUUUGUAUCAAAGUAUUUGUCGAGGGUUAUUUCGCUUAAGCAACUCGAAAAUAUUUUGUUCUGUAUUGAAAGUAAUUUCAUUUUGAAAUCAGAUCUCAGUCAUAAUAUGUUUUGAUUUCUCUUUUCUUUUUACUUUUACAUUUUUGUAGAUACACCAUUAAAGCACCAAUGUCUUCACAACCAAGCUGCCACAUAUUAAACUCAAAAAUCAAAGCAAUAUUUUUUCACUGCAAAUAAGAUGAGUAGAAUUUUGAAUUUUUGGGAGAAAAAUUUGAGCACCUCUCAAGUAAAACCGGCCAUGUUGAGAGUAUGGCUGAAAAACUGAAAGCCUUUUUUUUUCACCCAAAGCACCUAUAUGACACAAAGGUCAUAAGCAGGCAGUUGAGUAUCGUUCAAGAUUUUGCUAGAUGAAAGAUGUGCCAUUUAUCAAGCAUGCUCCUUCCUUUGGCCCACAAAUUGAAUUAACUCUUAAGAUACUCCAGAUUUUUCAAAUCCUGUUUUUCCAACGAAGUUUGAAGUAUUUCCUUAUUUGCAGUAAAAUUAUAUGUGGAAGAAUGUAAAACUUGAUGCAUGAAAAUCUGUAUCAAAUACAAGUAUAGGUUAAGUUACCGUCAGCUGCCUUUCUACAAAAAUUAAAACAAAGCAUUCAACCUGUCUUAAAUCAACAUUUAUUUAUUUCUACUUUUUUAUUUUUCUAUUGUGAAUUAUAUUUUUCUUUUAAAUACAUACAUGUACAUCUCCAUUGAA